AUGCCGGAAACGCUUUAUCUCUGUGUCAACAUCCUUGACCGCGUACUUUCCAAAAUCAAUUUUGAAGUCAAGACAAUGGAGAAACUUAAACUUAUCGGUCUCUCUUCAUUGUUGUUGGCUUCCAAGUAUGAACAAAGAAGAGCGGUUGGUGUUUACGACGUUGAAUACUUGGCUGAUUAUAUUUAUAUGCCAGAAGAAAUAUGUCAAAUGGAGAAGCUUAUCCUGCAAGAACUUGGUUGGAUUUUAACAGUUCCAACACCUUAUGUUUUUCUUGUUAGAAACAUAAGGGCAUGUAAUUUAUCGGAUGAAGACAAGAUCAUGGAGCACAUGGUGUUUUUCUUUUCUGAACUCAGCUUAACAAAUCAUUCUAUUGUGUGCGACUACAAGCCUUCUAUGAUUGCUGCUUGUGCCGUGUAUCUUGCAAGGUUUAUUGUUGGAAGGUAUCCCUUUUGGAGCAAUGAUUUGAAAAUGUGUACGGGGUACUCCGAGGAUAAGUUAUUGUCUUGUGCCCAUGUUAUGAUGGAAUCGUGCAUUCAAAUUUGUGGAGAGGGAAUCAUGGAAGUUUUUAUGAAAUUUUCAAGUUUAUAUCAAUGUAGGGUUUCAUGUAUUGCUCAAGAAUUUCUGGAAGUUUAA